GCUUGCUCAGGCGCACAUUUCGUUGCCGCGCCGAACGCUGCGUUGCUCGACGCUCACCGCGUCCAAUGCGGGGCGCGUAGUCGCUGCGCCGUAGCCCAUUGUCUUACACCCCUUGGCGGGUCGACGGGAAGGCUGUCGCGUUCCACUCUUGAACGCGAAGCAGAGUAACGCAUGAGUUGUUUCUUCGUAUAGCCGAACCAAAUAUAGCCAAGCAACAGCAGUUCACCAGGCUAAACAGUGGUUCAACAACUAAAAUAAAGGCUAGUAUGCUUCGCAUCCUGGGCUUAACCUUAGCUAAGCCACAGCCAUUUUUUUUCUAGCAGCAAAAUAGUGUGUGCAUUGUACUGCUUUUCUUAUUAUUGCCUUUUCAUUGAGGGGGGGGGGGGCGCACAUAUGGGCUUGGGUAUAGGGGAGGAAACAGUUUCUCGUUCCCGGCGCCCGAAGCUGUUUUUUUUUUUUUUCUUUUCCGCUGUCGGCACGCGCGCUUCUUCGGUUAGAAAUCACCCUGCUCUACUACAACCAAAAGUCCCUUCUGCUCAAAUGCCUCGAGAAAAAAGAGGGACGACACAUUACAGUUAGAAGCUGACGUUAGACAGCUGACAGAAGCUUGGUGGGCUUGGUGGCUGCUUAGUGUCGUCACCUACAAACCCGCUACUUCUUGCUAUGCAGAUGCUACCCGCCGUCCUCGUCCAUCUGCUCCUUGCUGCCGGUGUGACUACUUCUGCUGACACACCGCCGGCCUGUGGAUUGCUGCGCUACAACUAUGCUCCGCCCACUAUCCAGCUGGCAACCGUCAACGUGUCAAGCUUGAACCCGCCGCUAUCUGCUUUCCUGUCGCCACUGCCGCUGUGCCUGGCCCUGGAUGGUGGAUCGUCAGCGCCAUCGUCACCAACAUCAGCUGCGUUGCCAACUAUAAAUGAGCUGCAGCUGUCAGCCGCGCUUCGUGAGCUUGGUGGCUGCUUAGUGUCAUCACCUACAAACCCGCUACUUCUUGCUAUGCAGAGCAGCAAAAGACUGGAACGGCCUUUCUCGCAACAUCGCCAUUAUCACCUGCCCAUCAAGCUUCAUGCAUAGCAUAUCAAAUAUAACAUCGCACUGAUCGUUAUCAACAAUAUUCUGUCUAACAAAAAAAAAAAAAACACCCCUUAUGUAAUACCCCCUCGGGGGUCUUUAAGAAAAUAAAAAUGAAAUGAAAUGCCUGGUCUCCUGGCUGUUUACAUCUGUGUGGGCCCAGGCAGCGCACGCAAUGCCUGGGGCACCGAGAACGAGAGCCUGUGACAUGCCCAUUUCGCCCCAAAUAUCGAUAAUUCUAUCCUCCCCGGCUGCAGUACUAAACGCUUGUUCUUGGAGGAGGCUUUAAAACAGGAACUGACACUGAAGUAAACAUCAAUAACCACAGUUUAUUUUUACGCAAAGUAAACGCCGCUGUUGGAGAACCACAACACCUUCUGCCACGCCUGCACUCCGCGGUGACCACAGGUGACCGCUCACUGAACGUAGCCAGACCCGCCAGACGGCGCAAAGCCA